UAAAAUACACAUAUUUGCAUAUUUAGGAAUCAAAAUAUCGCAAAAAGAAUAUAUAAAUAAUAAGCUUCCAAUUAACAGGGGCCUAAAAGCAUGUGUUGUCAUAAGAAAUCAGUCUGACCAUCCCAUCUAUCCUUCCAACCUUCUAUCCAAACAUCCAUCGAUAUUUCAGAAUAUGGACAACACACGAUAUUUGUCGACAAAUCAUCGACAACUGGAAAGGAAACGAAAGAUCGUGGUCUCGAUAUCGCGCAUGUUGUGAUAACAAUAAUAUCGCGGUGUUAUCGAUAUUAUCGUUGAGAAAUUGAACAUCGUAUACUACGGUGUAGGCCAAUACUUUGGCGAUAUUAUUGAAGUAUCACCGAUACACUGGCAAUACAAGCAACACCUGCAAUUUACCUAGUAAAAAAUAUUGGUGAUAUUGAUACAUGGCAAUACAAGCGACGCCUGGAAUUUACAUAGUAAAAAAUAUUGGCGAUAUCAAUACCUUGGCGAUAUUUAGCGAUACAUCACCAAUACCUGGAAUUUCUGAUACUACCAGUGUUCUCAGCAUCGCUGAGCUGGAGAUAUGGAUAAUAUUGAGGAUUCAUCAACCAAUGGUCCCAACUAAUGAUUAUUCCGCAUCACUAAAUUAUAGGCUCGACUUGUCCAAACCGAAAAUCCUAGUAUAUUGUCUUCUGAGGUCAAGGUCAUCCUUCCGUGUAUUUAAAUGCAUGUUCAAGUAGACUAGAUAGUCUAGAUUAGAAAAGAAAUGAUCAUAUUGUUCUUUGGGUUUCAUAUCUCCUUAUUUGUAAUUGACAUUAAAUUCCUCUUAGAUUUUUUGUUCAUAGGUAGUUGCAGUCGGAAAAUGGGGAAAACUGUUGCUAUUUGCCAGGUUGGUGGCGAGUUUGUAACAAACAAUGAUGGAUCUAUGUCAUAUACUGGUGGCGAAGCAUAUGCAAUAAGGUAGUUGCAGUCAGAAAAUGGGGAAAGCUGUUGCUAUUUGCCAGGUUGGUGGCGAGUUUGUAACAAACAACGAUGGAUCUAUGUCAUAUACUGGUGGAGAAGCAUAUGCAAUACCGGUUGUUCCCAACAUGAAAUUCGAUGAAUUCAAGUCAGAUAUAGCUGAAAUGUGCAAUCGUGAUGCAAGUACCUUAUUGAUAAAGUACUUCCUCCCAAGCAACAGAAGGAUUCCGAUCACAGUAUCCAACGACAAGCACAUGCAGUGCAUGAUUGAUUUUCACGAGGAUUCAGCGACAAUAGAUGUUUUCGUAUUGGAUGGGGAGACUAUUGCUCAGAAUGCUGAUAAAAUGGAUAACAACCGGGCAAACAGAGCCACAAGUAAAACAAGUAGACCCACAAGUAGGACGACAAAAGGGGCUGCAGCCACUGACUCAAUCACGCAAGCUCCUACAAAUGUCGACAGUGAUGGGAGAGGAAGGAGAACUACAGUCCCUGAUCCAGUGGCUUCAAAUGCUGUCAUGGAUGACCCUGCCAGGGGUGAUAGCAUUGCGGGUAGGACCAAGAGCAAGAUUACAUCAAAUGCUGCUACAGUCACUGACCCAACCACCCCAAUUUCCACCAUCCCUGCCGUUGGCAAUGAUAAGCAGCCAGCUCAAUACAGUUCACCAGUAAACACUCUCUUUGAUGUGGGCAAAGAAUUUAAUAGUGUCAGUGACUUCCGUGAUGCAUUGCGUAGGUAUGCCAUUGCAAAAGGGUAUGCAUUUGCGACCAUUUGUAGUACUCAAUCCCGUGUGACUGCCAAAUGUCGAGCUGAAGGCUGCCCAUGGCGGGUGCAUGCUUCCAGAAUAACACCCACGAAGAGGUUCAAGAUUAGAAAGAUGAACAAUGUGCACAAAUGUGGAGGUGGGGUUGGAAAAGACCACCAUCCGAAUGCAUCAAAAAACUGGAUUGCGAGCAUUAUAAAAGACAAGCUACGAGAUAAGCCACAGUAUACGGGAAAGGAAAUCGUGAAUGACAUAUAUCAGGAGUAUGGAGUCAAUGUCAAAUAUGAUAAGGCGCGGCGUGGGAAGGUGGUGGCCCAGAAGCAGCUUCAAGACUCCCAGUCAGACAUUUAUAGUCAGUUGCCUUGGUUCUGCAAUAGGAUAAAGGAGACAAAUCCUGGUAGUCUUGUAACUCUGACAACAACAGACAAGUUGAGUUUUCACUGCCUUUUUGUCUCAUUCCAUGCUUCACGGCAUGGGUUUGAUAAUGGUUGCCGCCCCCUCAUUCUUCUCGAUGGAACAUCUCUAAGAGAGAAAUGGCGAGGGACAUUGUUAGCUGCAGUAUCAGUUGAUGGGGAUGAUGCCGUCUUUCCCAUUGCCUUUGCUAUAGUGGAUUUUGAAUCCUAUGAUAAUUGGCUUUGGUUUUUGACAGAAUUGAAAUCAGCCGUGUCAACAAAUCGGACCAUAACAUUUGUAUCUGAUAGACGCAACAGUUUAGAGGAGGCUGUGCCGCAGGUUUUCGAGGACAGCUAUCAUGCCUAUUCUCUGCAUCACCUUACCGAGUACUUCAAGCGGGUGUUGAAGGGCCCAUCACAGCCGAUGAAGGAUACACUGGCCGAUGAGAUUAAACGUGCUGCUUACUCAUGCAGCAUUACCGAUUUCAAUGCUUGCAUUGGCAACAUCCGGAAUUUCUCACACGAUGUCGCAUCCUGGGUCUUGUUGGAAAGCAAGCCUGAACAUUGGUCAAAUGCAUUCUUUAAGGGCUUGCGAUAUGACCACCUAUCAUCGAAUGUUGCAGAGUUGUUCUACAGUUGGAUAUCAGAGGAGCGCGACCUAUCAAUAAUACAUAUGAUCGACAUGAUACGGUGUAAGAUGAUGGAGAUGAUUUAUGCCCGUCGAGAGGCUUCAAGCACAUGGUCGACGAUUCUCACACCUUCAAUGGAGCAAAGACUAGAGUUAGAGAUAUACAAUUCACACUCGCUCAGCGUGUUGUUUUUGUCAGGGAGCGUGUUCGAAGUCCGUGAUGAUUCAGUCAACAUUGUGGACAUCGAGACACGGGAUUGUACAUGCCAGAGAUGGAAGAUGUCUGGGUUGCCAUGCGUUCACGCAGCUGCAGUUUUCGAUCGUACAGGUAGAAAUACUUAUGAUUACUGCUCAAGAUACUUCACAGUCGAUUGUUACCGUUCUACAUAUUCAGAAUCUAUCCACCCAAUACCAGGUAUAGGAAAUCCUAUAAGUGAAGAUUCCAACGCCGAAAUAAUUGUUCGUCCACCCAGUCCACCACCUGCAAGGCCAAAAUCGAAGCAGACAAAAUUGCUUGAUCCAAGUAGGAGGCUAUUGCUUCAUGUAAAUUGCGGUAGGUGUGGUCGUUCUGGGCACAAUAGGAGAAAGUGCAGAGAGGUGGUGGAAUAGGUGUUAAUUUCAGUUGUAUUUAGUAGCGAUUUAGUUUGAUUUAAAUACUAAUGCUUUGAGGUGAAUGUAUUGGUGUUUGAGUGUUUAGAUAGUUAAAACCAUAUUGAAGAUCAACCCUUGGAUCUUUUGACCAAAAUGAGCUCAACAUUCUUAAUUGUGAAAUAUGGGAUUAACUUUUUUAAAA